AUGGGAAAGUCCAGACGAAACAGAGGCGCCCAGAGCCAUCGCAAGGACCCCAUCGCCAAAACCGUUAAGCCGCCCUCUGACCCUGAGCUGGCCGCCCUCAGGGAAAAGUCCAUUCUGCCCGUCAUCAAGGACCUCAAGAGCUCCGACCCGAAGUCCCGCACGGCCGCCGCCGCCGCCGUCUCCAACAUCGUCACCGAUGAAAAGUGCCGGAAGCUGCUGCUGCGCGAGCAGAUCGUCCACAUAGUUCUCAAUGAGACGUUGACCGACGCAAACCUCGACAGCCGCGCCGCUGGCUGGGACAUUCUGAGGGUCAUCGCCGAGGAGGAAGAGGCCGACUUCUGUAUUCACCUGUACCGCCUGGAUAUUCUCAGUGCCAUCGGCUUUGCUUCUCAGGCUAUUCUCGAGAACCUGGCCAAGGGCUCCGCAGUGAGCAAGGGCGAGGCCAAGGUCACAUGGGCCAUUGCCGAGUCCGUCGUCGCACUCCUGUCUGCACUCGCCGAGGCUCAGGAUGAGAUCCUUGAGGCCAUCGUUGGAAUCGAGGGCAUCAAGAACCUCCUUUUCACGCUUGUAGCUCACGCCGACUCACCGUCAAGCAUCUGCCUCGAGGCGCUAUCUGCUCUCCUUACCUUAUCUGAGGACAACCGUCGUCUGGCAGAGGACGUCGUGGCCGACGAGGACCCCAAGCCCCUCACGACCCUAACGAAGCUGCAAGCCACUGCCGAUGCCAAGGGCGUCCUGGCUUGUGGUGUUCUGCACAACAUCUUCACAACUUUGGAGUGGUUCGACAGCACACCGGGUCAGAAGAACCUCUCCGACGCCGCCCUCAUCCCGACUCUGUCAUCAGCACUCCAGGGCUCCGAGCCGGCAGCUGACUUGCCACCCAAGAGCCAAUGGUCUAACCCGACCGAGGUCCUCCAGCUCGCGCUGGAGAUCCUGGCCGACAUUGGCACCACCCUCCAAGUAUCCAUGCAAGGCGGCAACAAGAAGGGAGGCGAGGAAUGGAACGGGUUCGGAGACGAUACCGCCAUGGACGAGGACAUCGACGACAAAGCUUCAGGGGAGGAAGACAACGUCGGCGAUGACGACGACGACUCCAUGGACGAGGACGACAUGGCCGACAUGGAGAUGGUGACCGGCGCCGACGACGAGGUCGAGGGCGAGGCGAACAUGGACGACGUCCCCACGCUCCGCGAACUCAUCCAACAAGCCAUCCCAAGACUCAUCGAGCUCGCGACCACCGCCGCCCAGUCCGACGACGCCCUCAGGAUCCAGGGCCACGCGCUGUCCGCCCUCAACAACAUCGCCUGGUCCAUCUCCGUCUUCGACUUCGCCGACGACCACAACGCCGGCAUCCUCAAGGCCUGGACGCCCUCCGGCAAGGCCGUCUGGGGCAAGGUCAUCGUCCCCAUCCUCGCCGCCAACACCGCCGACGUCGACCUCGCCACCCAGGUCACCAGCCUCGCCUGGGCCGUCUCCCGCAGCCUGCCCGGCCGCGCGCCACUCACCGGCGACGAGCACAAGAAGUUCAUGGCGCUCUACCACGCCACCAAGAGCCUGCCCAAAAAGGAAGCGAACGGAACGACAAACGGCGAGAAGGCCAAGGACGAGGAGCCCGAGGACCCCUUCCAGGGUCUGGGAGUCAAGUGCGUAGGUGUGCUGGGCCAGCUCGCGCGGGACCCCGCUCCGGUGGAGCUCAACCGCGAGAUCGGCGUCUUCCUCAUCACGGUCAUCACGGCUCUGCCCGAGACCCCGGCCGCGGACGCGGUCGAGGCGCUCAACCAGCUUUUCGACAUCUACGGCGACGAGGACUUUGCAUGCGACAAGGAGGUCUUCUGGAAGGAUGGCUUCCUGCAGCAUCUUGAGGCGGCCCAGCCCAAGGUCAAGGCCCUGGUCAAGACGAUCGACAAGAGGACGCUUCCGGAGCUGCGCUCGCGCGCGGACGAGGUCGUUCUCAACCUCGCACGUUUCCUCUCCUACAAGAAGAAGCACCAGCCUUAA